CAGAGAGAGAGAGACCUUUCUCCUAAUGCAAGCAGCAUCAUACAUGUUUGGCUCUCUGUAGGUGGGUGGCCUCUCGCUCAGACAUGGGAAGAGCACCCUGCUGCGAGAAGGUGGGGUUGAAGAAGGGCAGAUGGAGUGCUCAGGAGGAUGAAAUCUUGACCAAGUACAUUCAGGCCAAUGGCGAAGGCUCCUGGAGGGCUCUGCCCAAGAAUGCCGGGCUGCUGAGGUGCGGCAAGAGUUGCAGGUUAAGAUGGAUCAACUACUUGAGAUCUGACCUUAAGAGGGGCAACAUUUCUGCUCAGGAGGAAGACCUUAUUAUCAAACUCCAUUCUUCUUUGGGCAACAGGUGGUCCCUCAUAGCGAGUCACUUGCCAGGAAGAACAGACAACGAAAUUAAAAACUACUGGAAUUCUCACUUAAGCAGGAAAAUUUACGCCUUCAGGAGGCCGGCUAGUACGGACCAGACCGACCAAGCAGUGACCAUGGACACAGCCACAGCCAAUAAUCCAAGCAAUAAUGUCACAGCAACCAAGCGCAAGGGUGGCAGAACCAGCCGUUGGGCCAUGAAGAAGAACAGAAGCAACACCCGGCAAGAAGCUCCGGAGAAAACGAAUCAGAACAGUGUAGCAGCGGUUCCGGAGCCACCCACGCCAGCACUAGAGAACGAAGGCUUGUCCGUUAAAAGCGAUGGCAUAGACUUUGAGGAUUUCAUGGUCCUGGAAGGUGACAAUACAGAAGACAAAGCAGAGAGAUCUUCAGAACAAGAAAUGGGGGAGGCAAGUAACAAUGGAGAAAGCGGAGAUGGUUCGUUGAGGUCAGGUGGAGACACGGAAACAGCGACGACACAAGAGGGUCAUCAGCAGCGCAUUGAUGGUGGUGGGGAGUUAUGUCUUGAUGACAUGGUGGACACUUGGUUGCUGGAAGACGAAGGAGGUGGGGUUUCCGGCUUAACUGAAGAGAGAGAAAGAAAUGAUGAGGUGUCGUGUUUUGAUUCCGAAAAGGCAUUACGCGAUCAGCAGGAGUGUCCUAAUGAUAAUAAUAAUACUCUAGACUGGUACUCUCGCUCUCCCAUGCCUUCCCUAUUUGAAUACGAUCACUGGGAUAAUUGGGAGAUUAAUGUGGACGACCAGUUGAUGAAUCAUAACGAGCCGCAGACAUGGGAGGACAAACAAGACCUCUUGUCUUGGCUCUGGGAAGACGAUGAUUGUCAGAUUCCUGAAGAGAUCAUCACUGAUCCUGAGAAACAAAAUCCGAAGCCGCCUUUGAUUCUUUCUUGACCUUCCUGUGUAUUGUAUAUAGUAUCGUGUAAAAAGUAAAAGUCGUGUUCUGGUGGUUUAACGAAUGGUGACAACGACCUUUCUUGGGUGUUAAUAAAGGUCAUUUAAUUUGACUUUGAUUGGUUUUUAAUUAAUCAUCGUAGAGUACAUGUACUUUCCACCUCUGGCGUAGAUGAGAAGGUGGUUGUGUGGUGGCGAGUUCCCAUCGUGAAUAGUACAUAUAGUGUGGAAUUGCUAUUUGCUAGUCGGAGUUCCCAUCGUUUAUGAGGCUCCGUACAUGAUGAAUGCUUAAUUAGACUGCCCUACAUGCUCUGAACGCGUCCACGAA